AUGCAAUAUGCCGUGCGUGGACCGAUUGUCACUAGAUCAAUUGAACUUGAAAAAGAAAUUAAAUCGGGAAAAGUGAAGAAGUUUGAUCACGUUGUAAAGUGCAACAUCGGUGACUGCCACGCUACAGGCCAACGUCCAAUUACUUUCUUGAGACAGGUGAUUGCCCUCUGUUCCUAUCCCGCGCUUUUGGAUGAUCCACAAUUUCCGGAUGAUGUCAAAGAGAGGGCCCGAAGAAUUUUGGCCGGUUGUGCAGGGCACAGUAUAGGCAAGGAAGAAUCCGAUGCAGUUUUACACUUAUUUAUUUAAUGUCGACUUUUCUUUUUUAUUAUAUUCGACAUAAUUAAGUGUCUGCAUAGCAUUUUUUCUCUAAACAACUGGCCUCAUCCAUUUGUCGAUGUGUUUGCAUAUUCUAUUUGAAUUUUUAACCAUUGCUUUAGUUUCGUCUCAAGGUUUCCCACCAACCAGACUGCAAUUUAUCAGCUAGGGAAUUUAUCUAGUUCGUGCUACACUAAGACUGUUUGCGCUCAUCGAUAUUACAUAUAAAAGUGGGAACUUACAUUCUCGCACCUCUUAUGAGUUUGAAUAUGCAGGUUGGCCAACUGCAGAUCGUUAUAACAUUCGGAUAAAAAAUAGCAAGUUUUGUCGUUCUUUGAAAUAAAGAAGAUGAGUACUGCCUAGUACUUGACCCACUCUUUUUGCUUUCACAGGUUCCUACAGCGUUUCUACAGGAGUUGAAUUCGUUCGUGAGGAUGUGGCAAAAUAUAUAUUCGAGAGAGAUGGCAUUCCCGCCGACCCAGCAAAUAUCUUCCUCUCUAAUGGUGCUAGUGAAGCUGUGAAGGUUUGGAUCUUAUUCUCUUAUAAUCGACCUGUUCCGUCACUGCGUUUCUUUGCUUAUGCGUGUGCGAAAAUGACGGAAGUUUACUCACGUCCAUUCUCUUUCUUCAGGCCGUGUUGUUGCUUCUUUCGACAACUCUACCUGGAGAGGACCGAGCCGGCGUUAUGGUGCCCAUUCCGCAGUAUCCCCUCUACUCUGCCACGAACUCGGAGUACAAUGCAUACCAGGUGCGCUUUCUAAUACGUUGUCCUUUAGCGUAUUCUGCUAGGGAAUGUCAAUUUCCUUCGAGUAUUUGCGUACGGAAAAUAAUCUGGAAGGGGGCGCUCGCCGAUCGUUCUUGCGGAACUCACUCGUCCCGUUGUGCCUUACGGGCUCUCUCUCGAGCCCAACCAGCGACCGUACAGCGGCGCAUGAUAUAGGCAGUAUGUUAUUACCGACAAAGACAAGGUAGACUGGAAUGGCCAUUUCUGGCUUAUUAGCCGACGUCAGCCAGUCAUGCCCAACCCCGAAGUGUGGAACACCCGAGGCUCAAACUCGCGACCUGUUAGCUAGAAGUCCACACCUCUAACCACUGGGCACGAGCCUGUUGCCCUGUCGGUUUCGAUCGGGAAUAUACAAUGGUAGGGGGCGCUCACCGAUCAUUCUUACGGGACUCACUCGUUCCGUUGUGCCUUAUGGGCUCUCUAUAUUGUCAUGAAAACCCCUAGGUUGUGGUUUUGGGCUUUUUUUCAAAAGUCCGAUGCGUUAUAGAAUUCCUGUUCAUAUUGAACACUUCUGGUGGACGUGGAAUCAUUUGUAACCCUGACUGAGGCCACGAUGACGGAAAUUGUCAAAAGUAUGGCAUUCAACUAUAGAGGCGGCAACGGUAGAGGAUUGCAAUUAAGUUUUACAAAAGUUAUCUUGAAGCUUUCACUGAAUGAGGCGUAACGAACUACCUUGAUAAAAUUAAAAGUUCUAUGAACUCACUUCUAAGUGUUCGGAUCACUCUGACCCUACCUAUGGCCACGGGGAGGUUUUUCGCUCGAAUAGCAGCUAUCCUAAAUGUAGGCUGCUUACCUGGUCCAUCUGUAUGGAAGAAAACUUUAGGGCGCACGCUCUCGAUAAGUACACGACAGUGUCGGAAAAAAAUGCUUGAGUUUAUGGCGACAGUCCACUUUGACUCUCAACUUGCGAAAAUCGUAUGUAUGGCUGUAUUUUCAUGUUGCGAAGUCAGGUCUUAUCACGUCAGAUCAAUAUUUAGGUGGAUAGUUUUUCUCAUAUGGUGACUGCAUAUUUAUUAAAUAUUUGUUCACAUUCAAUUAAAAAGAUUGACUACUACCUUGAUGAGGAAAACAACUGGAAUCUGGACCCCGCUGAGUUAGAGCGGGCAAUCACCGCGUGCAUGCCACACUGCAAACCACGCGCCCUAGUUGUUAUCAAUCCAGGAAACCCAACCGGUCAAGUUCUUGCACGCGAUUCAAUGGAGGCGAUUAUCCGCUUUGUUAAGGAUCAUAAUCUCGUUUUGCUGGCCGAUGAGGUCUACCAACACAAUAUUUACGACAAAGAGAAUCACCCUUGGACCAGCUUCAAGCGUGUUCUCCACGAUAUGGGUCCAGAAUAUUCGAACGUCGUCGAAAUGGCCUCCUUCAUGUCCGCCAGCAAGGGCUACAUGGGAGAGUAAGUCGAUUUCUUAUUUGGUGUGUUGUGAAGGCAUAAUAAAUUAAUAUAUAGCAUUACUGCGCUCACCUAAUCUGGACUUUUUGCUGUGCAUCAGUCAUCGUAUGUGAUUGUAAUGCGUCUUUCAACGCCUUAUUAAUUUGUGGCGUACGUAAUCAGAACUAAUGUAACACUACGUCAAUUCAGAAAUAUCUUUAGCCUCAUAAGUUGGACACUCAUGUAACAGCGCUGUCUGCUAAAGACUUAAACCGUGGGCCAAAGUAGGGUUGUUCUACAUACUUCGGUGGGAAAUGUUUUGCUGUAAUUCACGAGUUUUUCUGAAAUUAUGAUUGCCGAAUAUCUGUUAGUUUGUUAUAAUUUAAGCAAACCCCACAACUCUUCUAAUAGAUUAUGAGCAGGAAUGACAGUUAUCGCACCGGUAUCGGCCGCCUUGCACUUUUAGAAUUUUUUAAAUCAAUUGUUUGGGGGAGCGAGUUGCACCGAAGAACGCCUCGCAUAUUUCUUUUUAAAUAGACGAAUUGUAGGUAACUCAUUCCGAAAAACUUUACCGGUUCUGGCUAAUGAGAUUAUUUGUCAAGUUCUGUCAUCGAAAUGUAUAACUGAUAAACAUAACCGAGAUAUAAGUGGCACCCUCUGGCUUACUUGUCCCCGUAAUCAGCCAGGUAUUUCCGAAUUCCAAAACUGGAUGGUCUGAGAUUCUUACCCAGGUAUGGGUUCUUUAUUGGAAUUAGUGCCAUAUCUGUGGGAGUUGAAAGAGUUACGUCUCUUGGGACUGGCUGUUACCGCCCUGGCCUUCCGUUCUCAUCUCGGCUUCGGAAGUGAAACGAAACGUCCUUAAUGACAGUCCUGUUUUCAUUAGUUUACCUACUUUCCAUCCCCCUGCGGCGGACUUCUGCAAUUCGUGCCUUUACCAGAUAGAAGUUUCCCUUUGGUCAAAUAGGCUCAACUGUGUCGAUCACGGGUUCAUCAUAGGGGGCCCAAUCACCAGACAAUGUGAUGACAGUUGUUGUUUGCCCUUGCUUUCUCCACAUUCCUCAGUCUACUUCACCACUUCGAAGCACACUUUUCCAUGCAGUCAGAUAUAGCUCCCGUAAAAGCGCUGUUGGGCUGGACAACCGCCAUCAAUGGCAACUAUCGAGGCCAAUUAUUUUGCCAACAAACUUUGCUCGCGAAGUACUUGGUGAUGAUACUGGGUUCUGCCAACAUUGUCAGUGCAGAGGGCGAUCUCCAGACACGUGCUUCACAUUGUAAACUGUUCUUUUCGGUGUCUAUAGCCGCCUUUUGGUGAUAGAGAUCGGCAGAUGAUCCACGGCUCCUGAUUUCUGGAGAAUUUUCGAGUCUACGAAUUGUUCAGUCAGGUCCAUCUAUUUCGCAUCAGAAUGUCAUCAACGUGUCGGGGGUCGCUCGUCUGUAUGUUGAAUGAAAACUCGGUGAUGGGGCUUAAAUGGCACUUUUUAUGUGCAUAAUCAACUAUUUCGUGUCUAGAUAGACGUUGACCCUUUCUCCCCGUGUCCAUUCGCCUCGGCUUUGUCUUAUGCGUCUAAUUUGGGGUGAAGUUUUGCCCUCCACAAGGCUUGACUACAGGAGUGGCAUCUGGUAUAACAUAGAAUUUUUGUCCGUCUCUACUUCUCUAUGUCAUGGCUUUUCUUUCCUUUUCAAUCUCCGUUCUGUGCUUGUGAGGGCAAAUCUUACGAAACGUGAGCCCGACAUAAUCUUAGGACUCGGUGUUCUUUUCACUUAGUGGAGGCCGACAUUACAGAAAACCUAUUAGCCUUCCUGCAUACCCUGUGAGUACGUACCCUCCCUGGUUUUGACUUUUCUACCAGCUGACAGGGAGCAGUAACAGCAGCGGUCGCUAUUUGUGUCUUUAAUGUGUAUUAACUGUCAUUCCCAACUAUGAAUCCUUCUGCUGGGUCUUGCGGAAUCCGGGCCGCGCUUGGUAUUUUGCGGAAAAUACGAGCGAGUCGGUUGGAUCGUGAUGCGGGUAUUCUAGUCUCCACAGUUUACUAAGUCACCUAGUUGACGCCCAAAGCGAGCAUUGCGAUGACAUUUGACAGCUAGCUGGCUGGAAAAUUUUGGUCUCUCCCCUCAGCCGCCUCAAUCUGAGCACUUUUACCGUCCGUUCAACUGUCUCUCUCUAGAUGUCGCUUGAGGGCAGCGGUUUUAGCCGCUAUGGCGAUUUAUCCCUUUGUUCUACCUCAGAAAAAUCCCCUCUAAAAUUGGGGAAGAGUUAAGAAGUGGACAGUCGGAUCAUUCAGUCAAACGUUUUGCCACAUCCUGUUUGGCAAACCGACCGCGUUGGUACUGCAUUUGGUUUGAGUGUCAGCUUCAUUUUAAAUGUCGCGCGAGUGGCGUUCACUUACAUAUUUGGGCGGAAUUCAGGCGUUUUGUGGAUAUCCAGUCGGUAAAAUCUCCUGCUUGCUUGUGUGGACGCCGUUCCCACGUAGGAACAUUGACUCAACUCGUAAAGCGUCUCGUUCAAUAGUCAACUGGACCCGCGUCCACACCGCGUGUUCCGAAUUUGACCGCCCGAUAAUGGGAAGCAGACUGGAGACGACUAUUCCCCCCCCCCUCAUCGGAUUUCAUCGCCCCUUGCUGAUUCAUUUGCUUGCGGAUGCAAGUCAUGUGAUGGGAGUUGAUAACGUUGGCAAAAAGUCAGCUGACUUCUAAUUAUCCUCAUCAGCUGUCUGACUUGAAGGUCACUCCCUCGUACUUUUCCUUCCCUCUUCCCAGACAUUCAUCAAAAUCUGGGCCGCUGGUCUUCUGCUGGCUGCACUCAGGAGUUCCAAACUUUCACGCCUCUCUUCUUACUCGUGUCCUUGCCUCGUUGUAGAUGCGGAUUUCGCGGUGGAUACUGUGAGCUCACCAACUUCCACCCAGACGUGAAGGCGCAGCUCUACAAGUACCUGUCUGCCCGACUCUGUCCGGCCGUCCUGGGCCAGGUGAGCUACCCCACUCUGCCGCUCAUGUCAUUGAAUGUUGCAGAGGGCAAUGAAGUUUUCGCCCGACUACCAUUAAGGUAGUGGUGGUCCGUACGUGGACUUUUUGGCGACUUGUGUUGCGCCUGUCUCGCUGCCUCACUUCCCACGCCGGUCGUUUCCACUAGCAAACAAAAAUUAGCGAGACAGGCGAGGUGCAUGGGUGCCUUGUCCGGUGAGAUUAAAUACUACGUCUUGAUUUCCCACGCGUACUAGUCCCUUCUUCCCAUGAACCGGACCUCAAGAAUGAGGAGCGGAUCGAGUCUUGCACUAGGGAAAACUCACUUUCGACCCUGCUUAAGACUGAGUCAUCCUGUCGGUUGGAAACCUCUUCGACCCCCCCAACUGAUGGCACAUCGUGGUAGCUGUAGCGUGCGUUUGCUUGCUUUUAUCUGGUAAAAUAAAGCAAUUUAAGAUGACCUUUUCCUGUCGACGUGUGCAGCGCCUUCGUCCACCAACCACCAGCUGGUGUAGAAUGGCAAGGCUCUCUUAUGAGUUUGUCCAAGCAAGCACGUCCAUGAUUUAGUAAUUAAGCAAUUCUGUGAUCACAUGUGCUCCAACCUCCAGGUGCGGGCGCAAAAAAGGGGCUUACUGUUCUGUACUGUCGACUUCUUCCUUAAAUCAGUAAUCAGAGAUCUGAGGGUGGACUAGUGUAAGUACGGAGGCUGACCGGAUAAAUCCACUCCACCCCUCGCCCUGUCCAUGGCUGUGUUGGCCUUGAUUGUCGUCACCGAUCACGGGUGGGGGGGGGGGGUGGCCUGCGUCCUUCAGCCCGGUCUCCAGCCGCCCUACUCUCGACACGUCCUGCCAUUGUCUUGGCAGCCAAUUCGGAGGCGUGAUUCUGUUCUAGACUGACUACUACAUCCACAAAUGGUCAUUCCAAGCUCCGUUUAUUGUUGUCGGUAAUAUUAUUCUGCCUCUACCACCAGUCGCUGUGCGGCUGCUGUCGGAGCUCGAGAUUGAGCCCCAACGAACAAAGCGAGAUGACGAGCGUCCCUCUACCAUUUUCCAUGUCUGAUCGCAGCCGACAGGACAACGGGCCCGUGGCUCAGUGGUUAAGGCGUUAGACCUCCAACCAACAUUUCUGCGAGAUCGAGCCUCAGGCGUUGCAAAAAACCUGGGGUCAGGUUUGGCUGACUGAUGGUGGCUAAUGAGCCAUAGAUGAUAAUUCCAGUUUCCCUUGUCUUCGUCGGUAAUGUUAUUCUGACACACCUUCAUCGGCAGACUUUCGUGUGAUUGAUUCGAACUGUGGACACAUACUGUCCUUUUCUGGUUGUCUUUUGAUCUCCAGGGGUUCUCCCCCGAGAUCGCACGAAAACCCGUGAUAUCGAGGUCUGAUUUUUGCUAUCACUUUUACCCCUUUGCUCCUUCUCCUCCUUCCAAGGCAAUGAUUGGAACUAUCUGCAAUCCGCCGAAGCCAGGUGAUCCCUCCUACGAGCUAUUCCUAUCAGAACGGGACACCGUACUCCGGGAUCUAGCCGAGAAGGCCAGGCUGACUACGGAGACCCUCAACUCUCUGGAGGGAGUCUCCUGCAACCCCGUCCAGGGAGCCAUGUACGCCUUCCCAAGACUUCAGCUGCCCGAAAAGGCCAUCCAGAAGGCCAAGGUGAGUCGGGAGUCGGUGGGUGUGCUUUUCCCCCCUCAGGUGGUAUUGAGGCAGUCAGCUUGACUUGGACCCCUUACACUCGUCUUUGUGCCUUUUUCUCUGCCGCCUGCGGCAUAGGAGGAGGGAAUGGAGCCUGAUUUCUUCUACUGCCUCAGUCUCCUGGAAGAAAAGGGCAUCUGUUUCGUGCCCGGUUCCGGAUUUGGCCAACGUCCUGGUUCAUACCAUUUCCGGUGAGUGUCUGAACCCUAACGGAGGGGGGCAUUUUCACUCUCAUACACGAAGAUGAAAGUAAUGACUUGGGCAAAACCAUGAUGCUCUCUAGACCUUUUCGGCCAGGUUUAUUUGAUGCUUGUUGAAGGUUCUGAUCCAUAUCCUUUCCACUAAACGAUGACCACGUUGACACUUCGCAUGACGGGCAAUGCCCCUGAAACCGUACAGUACUUUAGUAUAACCGGUUUUUAUGGUGCCUUCUUACUUGCCUCCGCACUAUCCAAUAACCCAUUCGUUGCACUCUGUAGCUACCGUCAGUGCCCAAGCAUGGGACAGUGGCCUGCGCGUAACUCGAAUUAUGACGACCGAGGUUUGUGCAGCAUCUGCCUCCUUUCUCUCCUCACUCUCAUUGUAGUUUGAUGGCAGGGUACGGCAAGACCGUAGUUAGCAGUCUGACGUUAAGCCUCCGUCUACACGGGCCGCACACGUGCUAGCCUGUCAACCCACAUGGGGCAGCUGGCAGUCACAUCAGGAAGGGACCUCUGCGAUCAGCUGCCUCCUCGGAGACCCGCGUUAUACCGCCUUACAGGCCGCGACUUUUGGGUUGCGUCAGGUUCACUACUGUGGGCAAAGAUCGUACAACAGGCUCGACCUUGUGUUUUGUGCUUCCGGUUAGAGUCAGGAAAGUCAAACUGAGCCCAGGGAUCGUUUAUGCCAUAUUCACUUGAGGCGGGGGGGGGGGACACCGUUUGCGUAUUAGUGCUGACCUUUGAGAUGAAACGAAAAAUGGACUGGGUGUUACUUUUCGUGCUCUAAUAACCUGAUGAGAAUACUUGUCCUCCUUCUGUUUGCUUUCCUAAUCAGCAGUGUAGAGACGGAGUCGUCAAGUGUUCCCUGUGGAUUGAAACCCCCGUCUAUGUCAGAAGCAAAGUGCUGUAAAAUCACCUUUUCGGAUACUGUUCAGAGGCUUCUAGCAGACCUGAGGUGUUCUCUCCCACUUUAACGCAUCUGAACCUCAAUAACAUUAUUUCGGAAUCAGCAUACCAGACUGAAAAAACGCAUGGGCGUGACACUGUCUAAUCUAUUCCGACUAAAGCAGGUAAAUGGGCAAUGAAGAAUCCCAUCUGAAUGCUUCCGAUGGAAACCGAGAAGAUGCGAGGUUGUGGCGGUGUGUUUGAUUUGAAAACGCUCGAAGACUAAUUAAUGUAGGUUAAAAUCUCGGACGCCGCUCCUCCCCGGUGGUUGGAUCAUGGCUGAUUGAUCCGAGCAAAGUAACCAGAAAUGGCCAUCCCAGUUUUGGUAAUACCCCCUUAAACGUGAACCGCCCUGUCCUGGCCCCUGUCGUCGGAGGUAUUUUCUGUGUUUACGGAGAUUUACAAACGUCAGCCGUUUAAGGAUGAUGAGCUGGGCGCUUUCCAUAGACAAUGACUGUCCCUCUUGGAUGGCGUGUGAUCACAAAACCCAUUAUAAACGAACCAUUGUAGAUGACGUCUGGCAUCCAGUCACUUUGUUACUCUGUUCCCGACUUCUAAACGACCAUCUUGCUCUCACAGUCCAAGUUAGAGAUCGCAGACUUUAGGGGGCAGAGCAACGACUUUCAGACUUAUCUUUACUCAGCGUUACAUGUUCUUGUGGGCUCAGCUGGUGAUCCUCUGUCCCUCUCCGUUCCCCCUUUUUAUUUGCACACCGGCUCCCAGUCGGCACUGGCCGUCAGACAAGAUAGUAAUGUAACUGAUCGAUUUUCCUCCCCCCGGCAGCACCACUAUCCUCCCGUCUGUGCCAGUGAUGCGCAGCGUGAUGGCCGACUUGGCAGACUUCCAUAAAUCCUUCCUGCAACGCUUCUCUUAA